GCCCGCGGCCGCCGCCGCCAUUUCGGGCGCUGCUGGGAGGCUGACACCGGAGCCGGUCCGCUGGGCGGCGGGCGCCAGGGCUGGAGGGGCGCGCGUGCCGGCGGCGGCCCAGCGUGAAGGCGCGGAGGCGGCCAUGGCGGGCAACUUCGACUCGGAGGAGCGGAGUAGCUGGUACUGGGGCCGCUUGAGCCGGCAGGAGGCGGUGGCGCUAUUGCAGGGCCAGCGGCACGGGGUGUUCCUGGUGCGGGACUCGAGCACCAGCCCCGGGGACUAUGUGCUUAGCGUCUCCGAAAACUCGCGCGUCUCCCACUACAUCAUCAACAGCAGUGGCCCGCGCCCUCCAGUGCCUCCGUCGCCCGCUCAGCCUCCGCCGGGAGUGAGUCCCUCCAGGCUCCGAAUAGGAGAUCAAGAAUUUGAUUCAUUGCCUGCUUUACUGGAAUUCUACAAAAUACACUAUUUGGACACUACAACAUUGAUAGAACCAGUUUCCAGAUCAAAGCAGGGUAGUGGAGUGAUUCUCAGGCAGGAGGAGGCAGAGUAUGUGCGGGCCCUCUUUGACUUUAAUGGGAAUGAUGAAGAAGAUCUUCCCUUUAAGAAAGGAGACAUCCUGAGAAUCCGGGAUAAGCCUGAAGAGCAGUGGUGGAAUGCAGAGGACAGCGAAGGAAAGAGGGGGAUGAUUCCUGUCCCUUACGUGGAGAAGUAUAGACCUGCCUCCGCCUCAGUAUCGGCUCUGAUUGGAGGUCGGUGAGCUGGUAAAGGUUACGAAGAUUAAUGUGAGUGGUCAGUGGGAAGGGGAGUGUAAUGGCAAACGAGGUCACUUCCCAUUCACACAUGUCCGUCUGCUGGAUCAACAGAAUCCCGAUGAGGACUUCAGCUGAGUAUAGCUCGACAGUUUGCUGACAGAUGGAACAAUCUGUUUUUCCCCCAAUUGCCAUCUAUACAAUUUUCUUACAGGUGUCAAAGCAGUCUAGUUUAUAUAAGCAUUCUGUUACCUGGGAUCUUUUUUAAGACUGAACUACUCCAUUCUCACUUGUAUUUACCAUAUUCAGGGUACGAAACCAGAGGGCUUAUGUGGUUAACUUCUGAGUUGGCAGUUUUAGGUGGUAGUGGCCGUGCCUAUGAGAAGACGUAAAUACAUUGCCUCCUUUCUCUUGGGCAAAACAGAUCAACCUGUGGAAAGCUGAUGGGCAGGAAAAGAAUGUUACUCACUGCUGACCCUGAUUUCUUCAGAGGUUCUGUUUUCAUUCUGAAUCCAUACUGUCAAACGGCAGCAGACUGUUUCCCACUCCCAUGACGUAAUCAUGCACUGUGUGAAUAUUACCCAUUGGGGUUGCAAUUGCAUUUAUGGACCAUGACCAUUGUAUGACUCAUUCUGACAUUUCAAAUCCUGAGGAUUCUGAGAACACUACUAGAGGCAUUUGUCUUCCUUGGAUUUUUUCUUGGAUUCUUUCCUUGUUACUCUCCUCCCCUGUACCUAUAAGUGGCUUGAUUCUUAGGAUAGUGUAUAUCUUCAUUCCAGAUGAGAAGCAGGAUGUACAGAGCACUUUAUUCAGUGCAUAGCUUUAAGCCAGUAUUGGAUUCACUCAGUGGAUAAUCUCCCAGCUCUCUGCCUUCCCCCAAGGGGGCACCGUAGGGUCACACUGCUACCACAGCUCAAGACUCACCUUACUGAUGGGACAGAUCUGGCAGGGCCAUUCUUCCUGACUGCUAGUAUCCUAAUGGGAUGCUUAAAGUUCUCAGAUUCUACUUGGAGUGGAAGGACCAAUCACUUACUGUAUCCUAUAGAAGGUAUCAAGGGCCAAACUUUGCCCUCUGCAUCAUGUGCAAGUUGUAUAAAAGGCAGGUUAGAAUUCUAUGCAUUUGGGUAGGAUUGGUACUUUGAAAACUGUUCCAGUCGUAAAUUACUUAUGUAUCAUUUUACAUGGUUUAAUAGUUGGUGGAGUAUAUUACACUAUAAAUUGCUUUCAUUUGGGUUCUCUUUUGUCCAGAUUUAGUUUACAAGCCCUUUAAAGUAGAGAAUGAUUUAUAUGGGGUCAGAUGCUCCAGAGACUAGGCCUCUGAGGCCACAAAUCAUAGGGUUUCUUUAGACUGUAACAUGAGACUUUCAGGUGAUAAAGGCACUUGCUGGUCUCUGGUGUAGGUGACCAAUAGAAACACCUUAUACUUUGCUUUGAACCUCAUUUUAGAAAAAUAAUGUACCUUCUUAGUUGUCCUGUGUAGAUUAAUAUGAUGAAUUUGCAUUCAUUGAACAUAUACCAAAUCAUGUGAUUGAAGUGACUAGCACAUUGCUGAGCUCAUGUGUGUAGAGAAUUUAUACGAAAGAAUGAGCAGAGUGCAGAAGUGUGUUAUAUGGCCCAGGGAAGCCAGUAGGCAUAGGAUUGCAUACAUUACUACAGGCAGAUUUAAUGAGUUGAUGUUAAUUUAAUACAUUUUUUACCUCACUCUAGCUUGAUAAAAACAGUAAUACUCAAUUUUAGAGAUGUUGGCCCAAUGCUGAGCUCAUAAUAGGUGGUCAGUGAUACUGAAUGGACAGGUUUGUUGUAGCACGUGACUUACUCCACCUGACUGCUUGUUUCAUUUUUCAGUUAGCAUAGAAUCUGUAAAUCCAAUUGCACAUUAAAUCCCAUUUUCCUAUGCCUUGUAUGAUGGUGAACGUCUUUAGUCCUAGCCCUUGGGAGACAAAGGCAAGUGGAUCUCUGAGUUCAAGACCAACCUGGUCUACAGAGCUACUUCCAGAACAGUCAAGAGUUAGAAAGUGAGACCUCGUUUCAAAAACAAAAAAAAAAAAAAAUCUGUUCCUGAAAUGAUGGCAUCUAAAGCCUGUUUUAGAAAACCAUUGUCACGGCUGAUUUGAAUGUUGGUGUUCUCUUUCGCCUUUGCCUUUGAUGCUGGCUUGCAUUGUCUCUUCCUUAUGUGUGGUGGGAAUGGGAUCUGCAGCUCUCCGUGAAUCCUACCAACCCCUCAGUGAUUAGUUGUUCAGAGCCAUUACAUGAACUGUUUGGUUGGAUUUGGCUGGGUGUAGCAGUUAUUGGACCUCAAGAGAUCAAAGGACUUCUUACAAAUAUCUUCCAAAAAUAGAAAGUGCUAUAAUCCUAGUCAGAUGCGUAUGUACAUUGUCACAGAGCAAAGUAAACUGAAAUUGGCUGCUAUGUUUUAUAUAAUCACUUCAGCAAGAGCCCAUUUUUGGAUACUAAUAUUUGACAUGGUUAAUUCUUAAUUUGUUGAAAUUGUUUAUUAAUAAUGCAAAUAGAUAAUUUUAAUUUUCCACAAGUAACAUUUCACUAUUAAUGGUUUGAAAUGGGUGAUAAGCAAACCAAUUUGAAAUAAAAUAUGAACAUGUGCCAUUGUAUUAUAACACUAUUCACUUUCUUGACAGUUAAAUUUUAAAAAUGUUUUUUUUUUUUUUGUAGCAUGUAUUGUAUAUGUUUAUAGUAUAUGUAGUAAAUAAAAGUAUGGCCAAAUGUUUGGCUUGGUGAUCUUUUGGAGAAAGUAAUCUUGAAAUGUUUUUCACAAAAGUGAGUUUUUGUGUUUUUAAGGAAUAGAAGGUGUGCGUCUCAACUGUCCAUUAGUGGUCACGUAAACUUACAUACAUGGUAGGUAUGCUAUGAGAUCUCUAGAAAGUAUGACACUACUGUUAGGAAACAUGAAAAUCAUAUAUAUGGAAUAUAAAGGAAGCACAUUGUGAACAGAGAACACCAGACUUGCCUGGAAAUGGGUCUCUGUGAGUGUAAGAUGACAGUGUGAUAGGGAACUCUGCAAACUUGAGACAUCCUGUUGUGAAAAUGCUGGUGUGGAUACUCCAUUAAUUUCUCCUUUUUAAUGUAAGUAGCAAUUGCUCAGGGAAAGUCCUAGGGUAGGAACAGAGCAGAGAUGAUACAUUUCUGUGUGUCCAUGCCACCCUCCCCCGAGGGCGGUGCACCCCACACUGACACUACUCACUCCAGUAUUGGAGUUUUGACUCAAGUUUCAAGGUGCGGUGGCCUGUGCUGAUUAUUCCAGGACUUCUGAAGCCAUGGGACUCCUUCAACCCAGGAGUUCAAGGUCAGUUUAGGUAACUUAGCAAGACUGUCUACUAAAUACCUAACAGACAAAUUCUACCUAUUAUUGCCUAUAUGAUACUCUGCCUUAGACUCAGCCUCAGCCUCCUGGUUGCUGCCACAGAUGUAGGCCUGCUUAGUGUAGAGCUAAGGGAAGCUGACGCCUCCAGGGGGAUCCAGCUUUGGCAUAUGCAAGAUUAACAAGGUGGAAAGUGUAUGCCAGCUUCUGACAAUAAAAGAAACUGUCAACCGUUUUACUAUGUUGAAUGUUGGGUUCCUUUACAGAGUCUCAGUGUUCAUACAGCCCAUGUCUAGCUCAGGGAACUUCACGUGGAGGGUACCUGCAUAGGAGAGGUGGGAAGAGGCCCAGAUGUGGCGGUGGGAGCUGCAGCAGCUCUGCUACCACGCAUGCUGUAAAGAAAGUGAGGGUCAACGCUCAUCCCCGCCUGGCCAGUCUCCUUCAGUCUUCCUCAUGGUCCAGCUCCCUGUCCAUACAUGCACACACCCUUAGAGAUGUUCUCAAAUCCCAUUUACCUUCUUGGUGCUCUUUUCAAAUGGUGCUCCCCCAACUCCACAAGACAGGGUUCCUCAGUGUAGCUCAGAUUGUCCAGGCUGGCCUCGAACUCACAGAGAUCCACCCGCCUCUUCCUCCUGAGCACUGGGAUUAAAGGUGUGAGCUGCCACCAGCAUCCUAUGCUGCUUACAUACCAUUUUUGUGACUUGUUUAGCUCAACUAAACAAGUAAUUUUUCAGUUUUUACAUUUUCAUAGCCUACUAUAGUGCUUGGCUCCCAGGAGUCAGCUGUUGCUGAGGGCUGGCAAUGGGCCUCAAAGGAAGAGUAGAUACAGAUACCCAACACUAGCGAUCAUGGCUUUGGCUUCAGUCCCCAGCACCACAAACACGUAGAAGUUUUGAAUGUUUUCCUCAUAUGGAGUUGUCUUACGGUUUCUGUUGCUGUAAAGAGACACCAGGACCACAGCAACUCUUGGAAAAUAUUUCAUUGAGGCUGCCUUACAGUUUUAAGAGGCUGGCGUGAUUCAUGCAGGUAGAUAACAUGGUGCGGGAGGAGGAGCUGAGAGGGCUACAUUUGGAUCUGGAAGCCGCAGGAAACAGACUACCCCACUUCAGCUACCUUGAGAAUCUGAGACCCUAAAGCCCACCUCCACAGUGGCACACUUCAUCCAACAAGGCCACACCUCCUUAGUGUCACUCUCUAUGGGCCAAGCUUCUAAACACAAGAGUCUCUGGGGCCUUUCCUAUUCAAACCACCACAGAUUUGCUGGAGACAGAAGAGCACCUCAGCUGCUUCUCUAUAGUGUCUGUCCUUGGUUCUCUGCAAGGUCAGACUAGGUUCAGCCACAUUUACUUACAUGGUCCUUCAUAGUUAUACAAAUGUUCUUCAUAGUUUGUUCUCAAGAGGGUGGGUGCUUCCCAGCCCUUUGUGUGUUUCUUUCAUAGAAGGGAGGGCAAUCCAGUCACUCCCUACUGUAUUAUACAUAUAGUGAGUCUUUACUUGGUACAUUCAGAAAGGCCCAGUCCCAUUCCUCAGAGCAUCAGGGGUACGUCCAGCAUACUUGGUUCUAAAACACUAAUAUAUGGAAAAUUAUAUUGUGACUCUCAGGGUGCCAGCUCUUGGAUAAUCACAGAGACCUGUUACUGAUUGUAAAAGCGUGGCUUUAGCUGGCUUGUUCCCUAUAGCUUGUAUAACCUAAUAAACCCGCUGAUACUAAUCUAUGCUCUGUCACAUGGCUUGUUGCCUCUUCUUCAGUCGCCAGCACCCAUUCCUCCCUCUGCAUCAGACUCCUUCCCAGAGUUCCUCUCUCC